UAAAAAAUAAAAAUCUCUCCAACUAUUCAACUAAAUCUCUUACUAAAUUUUCUCACUUAAAUCACUCUAUUGAAUCGCACAUCGAUCUUGCUUUAAUUUUCCCACACUUUCCCUCAUUUUCUUUCUCUCCAAUUACCUCACAUCAUCUCCACCACUUUCUACGGAGAUAACGAGCCUCUGGAUUUGUCAAAGAUCUAGGGUUUCAUUCACUCCAAAGACCACAUUUUCAUUAAAAUAUCAUUAUUUUGAUAAUUAAUUUUCGGUAAUUAUAAAUUUUUUCGCAAUCGAUUCGUUGACAUUGAGAAAGUAGAUUUUCGAGCUUCGAUUUGCAACAUCUAGGGUUUUAUCUUAUGUUUUGUUUUCUAACGACUCAAACGAAGUAAUAUAUAUGCGUAUCGAUUUGGUUUAUUAAAGAGUAUGGAAAGUGUUGUCGGAGAUAUGACGUGUUUGGAUGCGGAGUUAUUGCAAUUACCGGAGAUGUCUCCGUUGGCACUCAAAUCGAAUCCGGAGUUUGCACAGAAGCUCUUCGAGCAAUGGCUUUCGCUUCCUGAAGCUAAUAAAUUGGUUACAUCAUUGCUUAAUGAUGCAAAGGCAGGACCCUUGAAUGUCACUGGGAACUCAUCUAGCCCACAUGCUUCCUCAACCAAUCCGUUACCCUCUUUAUUUCCUGCUGGCAGUGCACCUCCACUUUCACCGAGAAGCACAUCUGGUUCCCCUCGUGUGAUGAAACAGAGGGCUGGCCCUUCAAAUUUGGGUUCUCCAUUGAAAGUAGUUAGUGAGCCAGUCAGAGAGUUGAUACCCCAGUUUUACUUUCAGAAUGGCCGCCCUCCUCCAAGUGAACUAAAAGAACAAUGUUUGUUUCGGAUUAAUCAGUUUUUCUAUGGCCACUCGGAUGGUCUGCUUGUACAAGAAUUCAAAUUAAUUACUAAGGAAAUCUGCAAGCUACCAUCCUUCUUCUCCACGGCUCUUUUCAAAAAGAUAGAUGUUGAUAACACUGGUCAUAUCACAAGGAAUGCAUUUGUUGAUUAUUGGAUCAAUGGUAACAUGUUGACAAUGGAUAUAGCAACCCAGAUAUUUUCAAUUUUAAAGCAGCCAGAUCUCAAUUACCUCACUAAGGAGGAUUUUAAACCUUUACUCCGAGAAUUGUUGGCAACUCAUCCGGGAUUGGAAUUCUUACAGAGUACACCUGAGUUUCAGGACAGAUAUGCUGAUACUGUAAUAUACAGAAUAUUCUACUAUAUAAAUAGAUCUGGGAAUGGUCAUCUUUCCCUGAGAGAGCUAAAGCGUGGAAACUUAAUAGAUGCAAUGCAACAUGCUGAUGAAGAAGAAGACAUCAACAAAGUUUUAAGAUACUUCUCGUAUGAACACUUUUAUGUUAUAUACUGUAAGUUUUGGGAGUUGGAUACAGAUCAUGAUUUCUUGAUCGACAAAGAGAACCUCAUCAGAUAUGGUAACCAUGCACUUACCUACAGGAUUGUUGAUAGAGUAUUUUCUCAGGUUGCGAGAAAGUUUACUAGUAAGGUUGAAGGAAAGAUGGGUUACGAAGAUUUUGUCUACUUCAUACUGGCAGAGGAGGAUAAGUCAUCUGAGCCUAGUCUUGAAUACUGGUUCAAGUGUAUAGAUUUGGAUGGAAAUGGAGUUCUCACGCGGAAUGAAAUGCAAUUCUUUUAUGAAGAGCAGUUGCAUCGAAUGGAAUGCAUGGCCCAAGAGCCUGUGCUUUUUGAGGAUAUAUUGUGUCAGAUAAUUGACAUGAUUGGACCAGAGAAUGAGAGCUAUAUUACCUUACGUGACUUGAAAGGUUGUAAACUAUCAGGAAGCGUUUUCAAUAUUCUUUUUAACUUAAAUAAAUUUAUGGCCUUCGAAACUCGUGAUCCAUUUCUUAUUCGUCAGGAGCGUGAGAAUCCUACAUUGACGGAAUGGGAUCGCUUUGCUCAUAGAGAAUAUAUUAGGCUUUCAAUGGAAGAAGAUGUUGAAGAUGCCUCCAAUGGAAGUGCAGAAGUUUGGGAUGAGUCCCUUGAGGCUGCUUUCUGAGUUUAAUUAGUUUUUCUACAGGUGCUCACCGAAAAGCUUCAGAUCUUUUUUAUUUUUAAACCGGGCAUCAUACACAGGAACCUUCAACUCGAAGGAGUCAGUCCUUUGAUGGGGCUGCGCUGAUACCUCUUACCAUCAGAGGGGAUUUCGAGCUUAGCUUGGUGCGAUCUAUCAAACUUUGAUGUACGAGUUGGAAGAAUUUUGAGGGCAUAUGUGUGCAUAAUUUGUUAAAAAAUUAUUGCAGUGAAGCCACGCCGCCUCGUGAUACUGAAAUUUUCUGCACACAGAGUGUUUUGCUGAGGGGAUGAUAAUCAAGUUCAUGCUAAAAGUAAUGUCCAAAACGUGUAUUACAUUAAUUAUUUCUUCUUAAGUUUUCAAUUUGUAAGGUAUUAUUUAUGUCAAUUGAUU